ACCGAGCCUUUAUAAAUUUUUUAAAAAAUAAAAGAAUUAGUUUUCAAAAAUAUUAUUAAAAGGUGAUGACCUCUGGUGCUUCAGCUCAAGUAGAUGAUAAUGACCAAAAUACCACUGAUAUUGAUAAUCUACCCAAAUAUUGCGAUUAUUGCAAAUUUUUGUUGGUGGAAGAAUUAGCAUUGGAAACAGAUUACCGCCGAUUACAUUACGGUAAGUGUACUUUAAUAGGAAAAUUAAAGCAAGACGAAAAAGGUUACAAUUAUUUGGAAAAUGUUCAGAUCAAUGACAUGCCCAGUGAAUGCAGGCUCCCGGAAAGUUGUUUAAAUAUUCUGCUACAUAUGUGCAAUAAAAAAGAUUUCCAGUUCAAAUCAUCUCAUUAUUACGAAAUUGUUGGAGAAGUAAUUUUGUUUAACAAUAUUAAACCGGAGGAAAACGAUGCAAAUUUUUUAACUUCUCGCGGGAUUGUGGAGCAGGUACAGUUUUUCGAUAACGUGAAGAAGCAAGAAAAAUUACUGAAGUAUUUUGGGGAAAAUUAUAAACCGGCAGUAAACGUAUGGUAUGCUCAACCUGUCGCGCGUGCUGGUGACUUAAUAACACGCAAUUUAGAAUUGAGGAUAAUGCGGCAAAAACUGGAGGAAUGAGUCAUUUACCGCAAUUCUU